AAACGCAAGAGUUAUUGCAUAAUAUUGUCCCUAAUAGUUCGGUAGAAACAGUUUAGCCCGCCCUGAUCAUACAGUAAAUAUACAGUAUGAACCAAAUACUGUCGAAACAGGAAGUGUGUAGCUCGUUGCUGAUUGGACGACCGUUUUCCCGCAUCAUCUGGCCAAUCGCUGAGCAGCACAACUGCUUAUAAAUACAAAGCGUGUCGCUUCUGAAGCUACAUCCAAAUUUCAACUCAUCAGUAAAAAAAAUGUCUGGGCGUGGUAAAUCCGCGAAAACCAGGGCGAAGUCCAAGAGUCGUUCAUCCCGUGCCGGUCUUCAGUUUCCGGUGGGCCGUGUCCACAGACUGCUGCGUAAAGGUAAUUAUGCUCAGCGAGUAGGUGCUGGUGCUCCCGUCUACCUGGCGGCUGUACUAGAGUACCUGACUGCCGAGAUUCUGGAGCUGGCCGGUAACGCGGCCCGCGACAACAAGAAAACGAGAAUCAUUCCUCGUCAUCUGCAGCUGGCGGUCCGUAACGACGAAGAGCUCAACAAACUCCUUGGCGGAGUCACGAUUGCCCAGGGUGGCGUGUUGCCUAACAUUCAGGCUGUUCUGCUGCCCAAGAAGACCGAGAAAGCCAAGGCUAAGUAG